AUUGAACCAAAAUAUCAGUAAACCGCAGCAAUAUUGGGUACACUGGCAAUAUGAGGGAUUUGACGUUUUAGUCGUACCCCUGGUUUUUUUCGUCGAUUGGAUUGUGGGUAUGUGUGCACGUGUUAAUUCUAUGUUGACACAAUGGGCGUUCGCGGUCUGACCACGUACAUCGCCUCCAAUGCGGAACGGUUCCUCAAGCCAUUCGAGCUGCACGGCUGUGAUUUGGUGAUCGAUGGAGACAAUUUGUGCAUACAGCUGUUUGCUCGUUCCGAGGUGCGAAUGGGUGCCUAUGGGGGAAACUACGAUCAUUACUUCCGGGCGGUGGUUGAAUUCUUUGUGCUGCUUCAAAAGUGUAAGGUCAGAUCGUUCGUCCUGUUGGACGGUGGGUAUGAAAAGAGAAAGCUAAAAAAGGUCCGGAGCCGCUUGCUGAGUAGAAUACAUUUCGUGAAAAAGGCGAAAGCUGGCUGUAGACAGUUGAUUAUACCGCUCCUCAUACGGGAAGUGUUUGUGGAUGCGCUGCGAGCUGCAAGAGUUCGUUUUAUGAGAUGUCUUUUCGAAGCGGAUAACGAAAUUGCGAUAUUGGCACGGAAGCUAGAUUGUCCAGUUUUGAGUUAUGACAGCGACUUCUACAUCUAUAAUGUAAAGUACAUACCGUAUGUAACGCUAACACAUAAAUUGUAUCGGAAAGUUAUCGAAACGGAUGAUAAUUACGAAAUUCAACUGGUAGAUAACAGGAGGAAAAGAAACCGAGUUUUGGCUAAGCAGGGCGAAGGUGUGAUCAACAAAGGUCAGUCCAAAAUAUCAUAUUGCUUUUUAGAUUGUUGUUUGUACACGAUUGAGAACCUGAUCGGUUCAGAAGGCCGACUUAAACGUGAGAUGCUGCCACUGUUUGCUACUCUGUUGGGCAAUGAUUAUAUCGAGAGGCGAGUACUGUCGAGUUUUUAUGCCUCUAUGAAAGUAGGCAAAGUUUCCAGGAAAGUAGCUCCCCAUCAACGGCGUAUCGUUGGUAUUUUGAAAUGGUUGCAACACCAUUCCAUCAAAUCCGCUAUGAAGACAAUCCUUAAUCAGGUGCGAGAAGGCCAGCGCAAAAAUUUAAUGAAACAGCUCCAAGGAGCAAUGUAUGGAUACAACUGUGAAGAUUGCAUCUCUUAUGAGCACUUUGGAUUUGGCAAGCAGCAGGAAGUACAAGAUGCUGAAAAGAAGUUUAAGAAUUUUUUGGAAGAAGCAGACGACGUAAUUCCAAUUGAGGAGGAUGUCUCACUGGGAGAUGACACGGAAGAUUUGAACAAUGACGGGAAAUCGGACCACUCGGAUGAAGAAGAAAGCGAGUCAACCGAAGGAGAGCAAUCGGAAGAUCAAGAAAAUGAUAUUGAAGAUGUAUGUGAUGAAACAAGAGUCGGCAAGGCACUCAACUGGGAGCCUUGGCUUUUGGAAAUUUAUCAAGCAGCAAGAACACCACGUUUCGUGGUUGAUCUUUACUACUCCAAUCUUUAUAUCAACUAUCCUCAGUCAGAAGACAUAACGAAACCGGACAGCAAUGAGAUAUGCUAUAGUAUAUUGCUACAUAUAUUUGCGCUGUUGAAAAGCUCAAAGAAAGGCGGAAAUUUUAAGUACCUAACGCGAUGUGAAAAAGUAGCACAAUGUCGGUGGAUAAAAUUCCAAGACGUUGCCCUACCCGAAGGGAUUGAAUUCAAUCCGAGCAAAGAGAAAAAUGUCGCCUUGUUUAAGAUAGUUUUCGACGAUUUCUCCAACACUGCAGACAUUUUCGCGGUGGUUGAAAAAUGUCCCGCCAAUUUUCAGCUGUAUAUCUUGAGUCUUAUCUUCUGGAUCCGCAAGAGCCAAAAUGUAACAUGCGUCCACAUCCACUCGUUGCUUAUAUGUAUGAUUCAGCUGCAAAUAAUCGACAAACAACUGGCGACCCAAUCCCGUCACAUCGAUGGUUUCCGGAAAAAACAUAAAUCGUAUUUGGAAUCGAUGAAGCAGAGAUUCAAAAGAGUAAAUAUUACUUUGGACGAACAGAAACCGCUUAAAAAACUAGUGAACAAGCUUUCUUAUUUGUUUUCCAAACCGCAAGUAAUGCUCACCUAUGAUGUGCUCAUUCCGCACUUUUCGAUAAAGGAUCGAGAACAGCGCAAACAAGCAGUUUUCGAUCACUCGACGACGCACAUUUUCGCCGAAUUUCAGGCCGUUGUCCUGAAUCUGUUCACACUGAAUGCUCUGCUGGGACAUCCGUUCGAGGCAAUCUGCAUGCAUGGGCUAUACAACGGUCUGUUCAUCCACAAUGUGUAUCAGACGUUGAAGUCACGCCCGGAUCCGUUGGAGUAUGUCAAAUCGACCGUUUUUCGGUACUCGGGAGCGAUGUUUGAGCUUCACCGAGUGUUCUAUUGUGCCAUUUUGAAGCUGGCGCCAGAUCUGGAAACGAGAAAUCGUGUGGUGAAAACUAAAUCCCGAACGGAGAAAACCGAUACCGGAGAUAGGAGUAAGCAAAAUGAAGCCUUGUUGGACAAUGAUUGCGUUCUGGUAGCGGAAGACGAAGAUGAAAGUUCUAGCAGUAAACGGGAUUCAUUUGAUGACUUGAACAAUCAAUUCAGUCAACUUCAUACCCUCAGUUAAUGAGCGAGUAAUUAUGGCCAGUAGUGAAUGUUCACAAAAAUUUGGAAUAUCUCCAGUAAAGUUUUUUUUCUCAAAUAA